AGCAUCUCUUCAAAGUGCUGGUGAUCGGGGAGCUGGGCGUGGGUAAAACCAGCAUUAUCAAGCGGUACGUGCACCAGCUCUUCUCCCAACACUACCGGGCCACCAUCGGGGUGGAUUUCGCGCUCAAAGUCAUCAACUGGGACAGCAAGACCUUGGUGCGGCUGCAGCUCUGGGAUAUCGCAGGCCAGGAGCGCUUUGGAAAUAUGACCAGAGUUUACUACAAAGAGGCAGUUGGUGCUUUUGUGGUCUUUGAUGUCACAAGAGGUUCCACUUUUGAGGCUGUUUCAAAAUGGAAGCAUGAUUUGGACAGUAAAGUACUACUUCCCAAUGGCAGCCCCAUCCCUGCUGUUCUUCUUGCAAACAAGUGUGACCAAAAGAAAGAUGGCAGCCACAAUCCCUCUCAGAUGGACCAGUUCUGCAGAGAAGGUGGCUUUGUUGGAUGGUUUGAAACAUCUGCCAAGGACAACGUCAACAUAGAUGAAGCUGCUCGAUUCUUGGUGGAAAAUAUCCUUGCCAACUACAGAACGUUCCCCAAUGAAGAGAAUGAUUUGGGGAAACCAAAACUGGACUUAGACCCAUUGAAAGCAGAGAGUAAAUCACAGUGCUGCUAAUGCUGCCACUGCUCAGUAAAUGUGAUGGGAUGAGCAGCAAGACUGUUCUUCAAAUCAAACUGCUGCUAUGGUGCUGCAUUGUGACAAUCCAUAUGGGCUGUCUGGUAUUAUCUGAAUAGGUGAUUUUUGUGGGUGUUUACAUACGCUGUUUCACGUUAAGCAAGAAUAUCUUGUGAGUUUUCACUCUACUUGUUUGAGUGGCUGCCUCUAAGUCUGAUUAGUGUCUUCUUACUUGAGAACAUAAGGUAGUGUUUACACUCCUAAAAAGGAACAAAGGCAACAUUCAGUGUCUAGUUUGCUUCUAGGACAUAUGCUGCAUUCAAAAUAGGACUCAUAUAUCAUGGUUUUAGCUGAGUAGAUGCACCUUU